AUGCCUAAGCGGGCUUUAGAGGGGCGGUCAACAAAAAGGAGGCGACCGGCAAAAGUACCACGAAAUGAUGACUUAUGUCUUCAAGCAGAACCAGUGUCUGAUGAACCAGUGUCUCGUGCAGAACCAGUGUCGAGUGAUGCUAUUAAUUACGACUUAUUAGCUGCAGCAAUCUUAAGACAAUCCCAAACUUUGUCCCAAAACCAGACAAAUUCGAGUGAUACCACCAUGGAUAUCCUGCAGCCAUGUGUUCAAAACCAGGGUGAUAUCGAAGCCCACGCCCAUCCAAUGGCAAGUCAGCAAACAACAACAUCAACAGUUAGUGACAACCAGCCUCAGCAAAAUAUUGCAGACUUAGUUAGUGCGUUAUUACAACAAGACGGUCAAGGUGAGCCAGCAACUGCCAAUCUUAAAAAUGUUAUUGAUUUAUCUGAUGGGAUUCCUCUUGGGGCUGCAACACCUCAUCGAUUAAAAGCUAAGAUCUGGGCAAAUCAAUUUAUUGAUUUAGGUUUGCUGUUGCAGCGUCGAGAGGAUCCUAUUUCGUUAAACAUAUCAUCUGGGUCCCUUAUUGUACAGCAAGGGUCAUCAAAGCCCAAAUUGCCAAUGUCAAUUCAGCAAUGGACUGAUGCUUUUUUGAUUUUUAUGGGAAUUUUUAUUGAAAAAUAUCCAGAACAGGCUCCCCAUCUCCUAAAGUACUGCUAUUUUAUUAGAGAAAUGAACAAAAUGUUAGGAGAUAAGGCCUGGAGAAUCUAUGAUGAGAAUUUUCGGAUGUUGAAAGAAACUGUUGAGUUACCGUGGCAAAAACCGGUUGAAGAAUUAAGAAUCAAGGCUGCUUCUAGCAAUUAUCAAUUUCAGCAGCCCUUUCGAGCAAACACAGGCAAUAAGCCUAUAAGAUUCUGCUAUGCCUUUAACAAUGGGGAACAAUGCACUCAUAACCCCUGCUCAUUUGCCCACAGGUGUCAAUCAUGCUCAGGAUCACAUGCAAGAGCCAAUUGUAGAUUUCGUAAACAAAAACCAACAAAUACCAACACUGUCACCAAGUCCUCAACAAUCACCCAGCCAACUACCUUCCCCAGUCAACCCAAAAAGUUUAGGUGAAUUUUUAGUUGAUUAUGACAGUGAUCAGGCUUCGUACUUGAUAAAUGGCUUUACUCAUGGUUUUAGAUUAGGUUGUACUUCUGCUCCUUCAUCCUGUGUACCUCAAAACCAUAAAUCCACAUUAGAUCACCCAGACAUUAUAGAAGAUUAUAUACAAACAGGGUUAAACAAAGGAAGAAUUGCAGGUCCAUUUUCAAACAAACCUUUUGAACAAUUUGUGGUAUCUCCAUUAGGUUUAGUGCCAAAAGGCAGUACAGGAAAAUUUAGGGUAAUUCAUGAUCUUUCAUUCCCUAAAAAUCAAUCAGUAAAUUCCAAUAUACCAAGAGAAAAUUCAGCUGUUCAGUACGAUUCCAUAGAUCAGGUAGUUGAUUUAGUUCAAAAGUUUGGGCGUGAAUGUUUAAUGGCAAAGACUGACAUUGAAGAUGCUUUCCGGAUCAUACCUAUUCAUCCAGCUGAUUACUACCUGCUAGGGUUUACUUGGGAAGGUCAAUACUAUUAUGACAAAUGUCUUCCUAUGGGAGCGAGUAGUAGCUGUCAAAUCUUUGAAUCAUUUAGUUCUGCUCUCCAAUGGGUCAUGGAAAAUGUCUUCAAUGCUUCGGGUAUGUCCCAUAUUUUAGAUGAUUUUUUCUUUGUGGGACCCCCAAAUUCAAUAACCUGUAGAAACGAUCUUGCUAGUUUUUUAUUUCUAUGUAAAAAAAUUGGGGUGCCAAUAAAAAUGGAAAAAACUCAGGCACCUACGACCAACAUUGUCAUUUAUGGUAUAGA